AUGCGUACCGAUGUGGGUUCGAUUCCAUUAAUGUGUAUUCUAUCAACACUAACUUCUGGAGUAUUUGGAUAUCUUCCUACAGAGGAUCUCACCAAUUCCAUCAUUCCAGGGAAUGGAGGAUUUCCGAUCCCUCCGGAUACUCUCAUUCCGACUGACGGGGAUGAAGACAGCUCUCCAGAUGAAGAAACAGAUGAUACUGAUAUCUAUCGUAAGAAGACGUCAACAUUUCGUCGUCGUAAUAUAAAUGCUCCAUUUGGUGGGCGUGUCCCCUUUAGUCGAAUGGCUUAUAAAGCUGGAUACGGGUCAAAUCGUAUCGGUUUCUCUCGAAAUACCGUUCCCCAACCACCCCAAAUGGGCGGUUUCUAUGGUAACGGUGGACCAGAGAGACCAUCAAAUCCAUAUGGAACCGUUAAUCUCGGAGGAGGUGGAUCCCCUUAUUCUGGAAUUCCCGACGAGUAUAACAUGCGUCCAUCUGCUCCGUAUUCUGGAUUAAUUGGUGGAAGUCGAGCAGGAUAUUAUGGUAGUACUGUAGGAAUGAGAAGAGGCGGAGUCACACCUCCAAUGAGUUCCAGAAAACCGAAAAUGCCACAAACAGAAUAUCCACCAGAUUACGCAUCAAAUGAUCUGAUGAACAGUUUCAAUGGAGCCACCAAUUCAGCAAUUCCAUCCCUUCGUGAACUUGCCACGUAUGCAUCUCGUUACGGUCCUGCUUAUCUUCGUGAACGAUUUGGUGCUCACGAAUCUCCAAUGGAACGUCUUCCGUACGGGGGAGGUCCACAAGUACCACAACGCGGAGGUGGAAUGCCUAUUGAUUUCAACAUGAACAUUGCUUCAAAUCACUGGAACAAAGGGCCAAUGGGAAUCAUGUCGCGAGAUGUUGAUUCUUAUCAACACGACGAUGCGGCAAAAACAAACAAAAAGACAGUGGUGAGUUCUACUACCGGCUCGCCAAACACGAGCACACGGAAACCAAGAAAAGCUAGGAAACCGGUCAAGAAAACGACCAAGGCUUCCAGUAGCAGCACAACAACCACAGUGAAGCCGGUGAAAACUUCAACGAAGAAAUCGGUCUAA